AUGUCUGCCCCCAUCAACAACCCCGAGCCCUGGUCCCUGGCCGGCAAGACGGCCGUCGUCACCGGCGCCUCCCGCGGCAUCGGCAAAGCCAUCGCCAUCCACCUCGCCCGCAAGGGCCUCACCAACAUCGCCAUAACCUACGCCGCCAACCAAUCCGCCGCCGACGACACCAUCGAAAAGUGCCGCGCCCUCGGCGUCAAGAACGCCGUCGUCAUCAAGGCCAACGCGCUCAACCCGGACGCCUGGCCCGACGUGAUCAAGCAGGCCCUCGGGGCCCUGAAAGUCGACACCAUCGACAUCCUCGUCAACAACGCCGUCCUCGCCAGCAUCGACCACUACAAAGCCACGCCCGAGCUCAACGCCGACAACUUCUCCGCCGUCAUGGUCGCCAACGUGUACGCCCCCGUGGCGACCACGAUCGCCUACAUGGAGCACGCGGCGCCCAAAACCGGCGGGCGCGUGAUUAAUAUCUCCAGCAUUGCGGGCCGCGUCGGUAACGGGAAUCCAAUGAUCACGUACGGCGCGAGCAAGGCUGCGCUGGAUAGUUUCACGCGCUCCUUCGCCGACCAGUUCUCGUCUGAGAAGGGUAUCACGUUCAACAGCGUCAUCGUGGGGCCGACUCUUACGGAUGCAUUUGAGGAGGUCACAAAGUCUAUGCCGAAGGAGCUAAAGGAGAAGUAUAUCGCGGAGACGUCUGCUGCUCCAAGAUUUGGAGAGCCGGAAGAUAUUGCUUACAUUGUCGGGUUCCUUGCCAGUGAGGAAGGCAGAUGGGUGAAUGGGGCUGCUGUCAGCGCCAAUGGCGGUUUCAGAAGCAUGCUCGCGGCCCUCGGUUAG